GGUUUGAUGUUCUAGAGAAGGAGAUGGAGUCUGAUUCUUGUGAAUCCAGUUUUAGCUUCGCUUUCAAUGAUACCCGCUUUUCCGAUAAGCUUCUCCGUAUCGAGAUCAUGAAUGACCCGAUCAAGAGAAGGAGAUGCGAAAACGGUCUUUUACUCUCGCUCUUCAUCGAAUUCAUUCUUGUGAUUCUGAGUGAUGUAAUUUGAGUUUGUUUUGAGAAAUAUAUAUAUUUCAUAACUAGAAACUUAUUUUGGAUCUUACUGCUGAUGAACAAAUUUCAAAUUAAUUUAAUAUAGGUGAUGAAGCUGCAAACAACAAUGACUCAAUCUGGACCAUGGAUUACUCUGGCGCUACUGUUGUUAGAGUUAAAACACUGCAUAUCAGUUCUCUUAUCCUGGCUGCUAAAAGCCCUUUCUUCUACAAGCUUUUCUCAAAUGGGAUGAGUGAGUCAGAGCAGAGACAGAUCACCCUCAGGAUUAAUGCAUCUGAAGAAGCUGGUCUCAUGGAGCUACUCAAAUUUAUGUAUAGUAAUACCUUGAAUAUUUCUGCCACACCUGCUUUGCUGGAUGUGCUUAUGGCGGCUGAUAAAUUUGAUGUGCCUUCAUGCAUGAAAUACUUGCUAAAUCCGCCCAUGACACUUGACUCUGCAUUACUCUACCUGGAGCUUCCUUAUACUGUUGUUGCAGCCCAACCACUGAUUGAUGCGGCAAAGCACUAUCUUGUUGACCGAUACAAGGAUAUGUAUAACAAACAGGUUAAGGAAGAGCGUUUGGCCUUGCCUCUCUCUGGAAUAGAGGCAAUCUUGGCUAGUGAUGAUCUCGUGGUUGAAUCAGAAGAAGAUGUAUAUACCUUUACAUUAAACUGGGCUAGACAAAAGUACAAGAGUCUGAAAGAAAGACAAGAAGUUCUUGGUACACGUCUUGCGCGUUUAAUUCGCUUCCCCUAUAUGACAUGUGAAAAGCUUAAGAUUGUUUUAACCUGUAAUGACUUUGAACAUGAGGGCGCAUCUAAGCUUGUACAUGAAGCCUUAUCUUUCAAGGCGGAGGCUCCAGAUCGCCAACAGACUUUGGCAGCAGAAGAGUCUAUUUCCUUGAGUCGUCGUUUCGUGGAGAGAGCAUAUAAGACAACGAUGGAUAUGUGUCUGACGCGGGCGGAGUGUGUCGCUAUGUUCCCAUCUGGUCAUGUGCAUUCUAAACCAUCCCGUUUGGCUGGACAAAUGUUUUUUCUAUCAGCACAAUGUGACAUGGACGAACAUGACUUUUUCCAUUGCUGUUCGUUGUCUUUGGGAAUGAAGACAGGUUACUCAAGAAGCAUUGCUGUGGACUUUCAAUUUAGCGUAAGGUUGAGGCCAACAGUUGAUUAUUUUAUCAUGUGCAAAUCCAAUCACACAUUUACCCCAGGGACCCGUAGCGUCAGUAGAAUUAGAAACCCCUUUAAGGUUCCAUGGACUUCAUUCAUUGCUGAGGAUAGUCUUUUCUUCAUUAACGACGUUCUCCACCUUAGAGCUAAGCUUUGGAUCGCACAUUGAUCCCCUUAUUUCUGUUUAUGAACUAUUUAUUCUAGUUUGAUAUUAUGCUUUAUUUAUUCUUUGUUGCA